AUGUCAUCCUCUAUAUUCACAUCCAGUUCUAUCGCCAGCAGCAGCGCGCGGGGCAGCAGUAUGUGCGGCGGAAGCAGGGGCGUCCUCAGCCGCAGCGCCACCCGCCCAUACCGCCCGUCCACGGGAACAGGCAGUGGAGGAGGCGGAGCCGCGGGCGGCGGAGGAGGGGGAAGGAUUAGCGGCAUUGCGAGGGCGGUUAGUCUAGGGAAUGAUAUGGAGACAGUGGCUGUCCCCGUUAUUGGCAAACAGCAGUUUCAGCAUAAGUCUGGCGGGACAACCCCUGGUGGGAGCAAGGGCACGUCCCCCAUACACGGUGCAGACGGUCCCGUUAUGAGGACGGAGCCUUUCAGUAGAGCAGGCGCCGCUGCAUACCUGCAACGGUUCCAUUCCCCCCAGGUAGCCUCCCCUGCUCCAGCAGCAGGAGCAGCAGCAGCAGCAGGAGGAGUUGCAACAGCAGGUGCAGCAGGAGGGAUUGCGGAUACCCCUCCUCGCACGCACGUCCGCCGUCGAUCCGCGGACUUGCGUUCGAACCUCUCCCUCUCGCACUCCUCUUCCAUCCCUGACGGUUCUACAGACGCCACAGCCCCUACCCUGGCUAGAGCCGGUGGCUCAGGGCCUAUCACGCCCCAUCUGCCCGCUUCUGCUUCCGUCCCCAGUGGAAGGGGAGGGGGAGCGAGAGGGGGAGGCGGAGGAGGAGAGGGAGGGUCUACGACGAGCAGUCCGGGCCGGGAUUGGUCGGAGCAGCUGUCUAUGACUGAUGCGCCUUUCCUGCCUGGUAGGUGCCACCUCCCCUCUGCGUUGACCACCCUCCACCAAUCCCCUGCGUUGACCUCCUUCCAACCCUGCGUUGGCCUCCCUCGUGUUGACCUGCCUCCUGCUUCCGCCAUCGUUUACCUCAGCUCAUCGUGCUUCGACCUCACAGCAUGCCCCUCACUGGCGCUGGAGUGGAAUGACCUCUUUUUCGCCGUACAAGACGCCAUGGCUGCGUAUGACACGCUGCUGCUGGCGCCGCUGACCACUGGCGCGCUGCCACGUGGCAGCGAGGUGAAGGAGCUGCAGCAGAUGGCGGAUGAGCUGGCAGGCAUGGCCCGGGACAGGAUGAACGGCUCAGAUGAGGGCGACGCCCGCCGCUGCCCGCUGCUGCUGGUGCGCCUGUUUGCUCUGCGGGUGAAGCAGGAGACGCAACAGCUGUUGACCGCCGUUCGCGCAGCAGCAGAGGGGGCAGGAGAGGAGGAUCUCACGGUUCUGAGGGAUAGCCAGGAGUUGGGAGGCGUUCAGAGGAAGGUGGGCGGAGAAGCUGCGGGGGCAGCUGGGGAGGGUGUAUCUGCGUGUAGGGAUGGGCUGGGGGAGGCUGUAUCUGGUGCGGGGGGAGGUGGUGGGGGGAGGGAGGUGCCUCUGCUGGUGUGUCCUCAAAAUGACUGGGCUAGGCUGAGUGCUGAGUGUGACAGUAACGAAGGGGGCGCGUUGAAAGAGGUGAUUGUGUGGGACGAUGGGAUGGGGGAGCUACGGAAUCUGUUCAAGUCAGCAGCAGCUGCUACUGCUGCUGCUGCUGCUGCUGCUCCUAGUCCUGUUGGUGCCGCUGCUGGUGGGUUCAGUAGUGGGAAGGAUGAAGGGGGGGAUGAGAGUAGCAGGGAGGUAUCACCGAGAUCGCCUAGAGGGCCCUUGGCAAGGGAUGACGAGAGCAGGAAGAGCAGCAGCGGCGGCAGCACUGUUGGCAAACCUGCAGCAACCUCACGCGGAACUUUCAAUCAUGGGGCAUCUUCUUCCAUGGCUCAAGGCAGCAGUCGCCCCAACCAGCGCCUGUGCACACAGAUCUUAUUAGAUCGCAUAUCAGAUCUGAUUUGGUACACCAAGUGGGUGGGGUGUAGCGACCCUGACGACCUCCCACUGGCCUGUAUCCCCUCUGUAGUGCCGGUGACCAUGCUUCUUAACGAGUUGGGCGCCCCUAGGUCUAAGGAAUCCGAUCUGCUCAUGUGUCACCGCUCUGAACUCCUCCGUCUCGUGCUCCCGGACUUUAGGGAGAAAGUGCAGCAGCGAUUGGUGGAGAGGGAGUUGGGUUGGAUGAGCGAGGGCAGUGGGGUAAGAGGAGGGGUGGUAGGAGGAGGAGGUGUAGGAGGAGGGAGAGCAGCAGCAGUGAACGUUAGGGUUUCCAAAGCCGCAGCUGCCGCUGCCGCUGCCGCCGCCGCAGCCGCCGCCGCUGCUACUGCUGCUGGUUCUAGUGGGGCAGGAACUCCCACUGGUCGAUCGAACCUUCCCGGCACUCCCACCACCCCCUCCGCUGCUGAUAUAGCAGCCCAGCGGGAAGGGAAAAUAGGCGGGCAGAUCGGGAGCACCAUAUAUGAGAGCGGCCGAAGCGACGCCACAGGUUCGGACGGCAGCAGCUUCAGCUUCGGCAAGCUGUCUGGCCGAGCCUCCGACCGAGCCUCCGACCGAACCUCCUGCCCAACCCAGGGCCUGGCUCCCCCCACUGCCAACCCUUGGGCACGGAUGGGCGGGCCCUUCGGAACAGGAUCGAGCUUGGGCAUGGGGAUGGGGAUGGGCAUGGGGAUAAGUAUAGGUGUGAUGGGUGCAGGGCUGUCCCGGCAAAUCCCUUUGGAAGAGAUUUUAGCAGCUACAGACUCGUGGGAUCCGAGGAGAAAGCUUGGAGAGGGCGGGUUCGGGUGUGUCUAUAGAGGGGAUGCUGCUAACGGGGAGGUGUGGGCGGUGAAGCGCGCGAAUACGGUUUCAGACGAGCAGCUGGAGGAGUUUGAGAAAGAGGUGUCAUUCAUGAGUCGCAUGGCCCACCAGCAUCUCGUGCGACUCAUAGGCUUCUGGGCGGACUGUGACGAGCGAAUCCUCGUCUACGAGUUCAUGCACAGUGGCAUGCUCUCCUCUCGCCUCCACCGCAGCGCCUCCCACCUCGCCUCCUCCCACCCCGCUUCCGAAGCCCACGCCAAAGACAGCAAGCCGUUCUUCAAGCUCUACCCGUCAUCUGCCUCGACUAGCAAGGCCGCUUCUGCUGCUGCUGCGCGUGCGUUGGACCUCCCACCUCCUCUGACGUUUGAUGAAAGAGUGAGCAUCGCUGUAGGAGCCGCGGAGGGGCUGCGAUACCUGCACGAUUUCGCUGCCGAUUCUGUGAUCCACCGCGAUAUCAAAUCGGAUAAUAUCUUAUUAACAGAUAAACUCCAGGCGAAGAUUGCGGAUUUCGGGCUGCUGAAAUCGGCUGAUCUGGGAGGGCCAGGAGGGGGCGGUGCGGGGGUAAGCCAUACCCGACUCAUGGGCACCCCGGGGUAUUGCGACCCGGAAUACUCAAAAACCUACAUCGCAUCGGCAAAAAGUGAUGUUUAUAGUUUCGGCGUGGUUCUUUUGGAGCUGAUUACAGGGCAGCGGGCGAUUUUAUCUGAGAAUAGAAAGAAGGGCAUAGCAGGCAGCAUGGCGGCUUUGCUGUGGCUGAGACCAGGCGUGGGGGGGAAGACGCAGCAGCAGAAGGAGAUGGAGAUGCUGGGCUUUAAGAAGAACAAGAAGUCGAGUAUGCGGGCCAUCACGACGCUCGUCAGCUGGGCCAUUCCGCUGAUAGCAGCAGGCAAGCUCAAGUCAGUGGUCGAUCCAGCCCUCGAAAACAACUACCCCCUGGGAGCAAUGAAAGCGCUCGCCAGCGUGGCAGCCAUGUGCGUCCAAAAGAGUGCCGCCCAGCGACCGUCCAUGGCUGAGGUGGCAACUCGCCUCUCCGCCAUCCAGCACAAGGUGCAAGAUUUGCAUAUUCAGGGAGAAGAGCCUAAGUAUAACUUCCAACCCACGCUUGCCGGCCCCUUACCUACUUCUGCCUCUACUGGUGGUGGUGCUGCGGCUGGUGGUGCUGCUGCUGGUGCUGUUGUUGCUGGCCGGUGGGGGAGUGGGGGCGGAGGAGGGAGUGGGGGAGGAGGUGGAGGAGGAGGAGGGGGAGGAGGGUCUGGGUCAGGCAGUAGCAGGAGUUUCAGUAGGACCGUUUCGGCUCCUGCCCAGCGGGUUGACCAGGCAGGGGGUGGUGGGAGUGGAAAGGAGAAGAAGAAGCAUCGGUACCAAGAGGUGGGCAGACCAGCAGGGAGCAAGGAGGGGACGGGAGAGAGUGGGAAGGAGGGUGCUGUUGGAAGGGAUGGGAAAGGCAAGGGGCUGUCGCGGCGGGAAUCGUCUAAAAGCGCAAGUAAAUCCAGUCUGCCUCUGCUUUCUGCUGGUGAUGCUGUAGAGUUUAGCUCGCAACAUGUUACAAACAGAUACAUGGCUGGGGGUGCGGGGGGGUUUUAA